AUGUCUGACGUUCAACAUAACAAUAUGGGACCUGUUCGUCCUGCUGAUGAUGAAGCCAAAGCUGUCUUUCAUGAAGUCAAGCAAGCUGUAGUUGAUAAACUUCAUGAGCUCAAGCACAAUGAUAAUGUUCAUGAUCUCCAUUUGUUGGAUGAUCUGAAGGUUAUUGAUACCUACAAGCUUGUUGAGUAUGCUACUGAAGAAGUUGCCUAUGGUAUCAACUACUUUGGCAAGAUUGAGAUUGAUGAUGACAAGUACAUCCAUGUCAGAUGCCACAAGUCCAAUGACAACGAGAUUGAUUUUUACUCCAUUCUUACCGACGGAACCGCUAUUUGGUCUCGUGAAGAACCUCUCAAAUACUUUAUUGAUUAA